GAAGCUUUUGCAUCACUUCUUCGAAGAUGAUUCUUGUUGCUGCUGCUGUUUCGUCGCUGUUUUUAGCAGCCGCGGUUCUCGCGGCAACAUUCGUUCUUUUGAAGCAUCAAUCCGUCGCUGUCCUACGAAAGCUACCCGGUCCCAAACCGAAUUUUCUAUUUGGAAACGCGCUGCAGCUUGCUCGGUUGCCCGAUGGUAAGUACAAGCCAAUACUUCAUCUUAAGACAAAAUGUAAGCUGGCGCGCCGCAUGUAUCGAGAUGAUUGUGAUAGACCCCAGAAAAUAUAGUUGCUUUGUUUCAGUUUGUGAUAUCCAUUGCCCAGAUCAAGAUCCAGACAAUUCUUAAAGUCACACUUUUUUUUACCCUGGAACUGAUUUCUUCAUUGCUGUAAUUGUGUGAAAUAAAUCUUUAUCCGGGAUGUUUAUGUAUUGAGUGUUCAUCAACUAGUAUUCAGAGACAUCAAUGUAAAAGCCCCUAUUCGCCUUGGCUAACCUCCCUUGGUGUCGCAUUUUCCAACUGUACAUUGGCUUUAAAUUAGGCACCUAUCAAUGUCAAACUGGAAGAGGGUGGAGGCUCGGCAAAGGUCAAGGAUUAGACAAAGGAAGUCGGCCUGUGGUGGGAACUUUGAUUAUCACCAAGUCCCGCCGGUGGGGACUUUUUGUGUUUUUGACUCUGGAACCAGUGAUUUCUUCAUUGUUGUAAUUGCCUUUAAUGUUUCCUUUCAGAGUUCGUGUUACUGAGUUUCUAAUGUUAGUCAAUGAUUCUCCUUUUAACCCUGUAAACCCCAGUAUCCACAUACAAAUUCUCCAAACUAAUCCCCAUACAUUUCCUUAAAGAAUUAGUUGAGAGAAUUUGAUGAUAGAUCAAGGCAUUUUCUCUUGGCUGAUCACUUUAUUAAUUCUCAUAACUUAUCUCUUGACAGUGUAUGGAUAUUGUCAGGAGAAAAUUGAUCUUGGUCACUAUUGGGACUUAAAGGGUUAAAUGGCCUUUCAUUGCUCUUGAAACAAGGGGCAAAUAUGAUGCAGUAUAAGGGUCAUGUGUAGAAUUUAUCCACAAAAUUAUAUGUGACAAUCAGUCAAUCAAAUUAAUUUAUUGUUAUUUCUUUAACGUGCAUCUAUUUUUCAGAGUUAAUGAAACAAAUACUUGGAUUCACGCAGCAGUUUCAGAAAGAGGGACUAAUAUGCAUUUGGCUAGGGCCAAUGUAUCCUAUCACACUGCUGUUCAAGCCUGAAUAUGCUGAGGUGAGUUUAACCCUUCAAAAAACUGCUUUGGUUGUUUUCACUCCAUAUGGAAUGAGGAGGCAAUAAAUUUCUGGCAAAUGGUUGACACCUCGAACUCCUGAACAGAUCUGGAGGUCUGGGGUUCAAGCCUCGCCUGUAGUGUUGCUUACUUUGUCAAGAAACUUUACUCCACUUUGUCUCUCUUCAUCCAGGUGUAGAAAUGGGUACAGGGCUGGAAAUUAUUUUGCAGCUGGCACCGAUCAAAUUGUCCUGGCAAACCUUUUUUGUCUCAUGCUUGAACUCAACUUGUUUUAGCCUGGACAAAUAUCUACAAAAUAUGUACUACAUCACAGCUCCAUAAAAGCUCCCCCCCCCCCAUGCCCCCGGUUCUGAAAAUAAAAAUUUUCCAUUAGUUUCAUAAAUAACCAGACUUGGAGUAUCAGGUCAUCCAAGGAUUUUAUCGUACAAAGCCUACAAUGUACUUUAGACUGGACAAUUGUCCGUUGACUGGCCGCUAUUUCAAGCCCUGUCCCUGCAUGCAUACUGCACAUCACAUUUGUUUCAUUCUUUGUGUAUAUUCCUUUUAGAUACUUCUGUCUACCUCAAAGCAUAUGGGGAAGUCUUUUGAUUACAGCUUUUUACAUCCAUGGCUUGGAACUGGUGAGUUUUAAAGAUAGCUAACCUUCAAUCUUGCACAAAAAGUGUUAAGAAUUUGCACUCUCUCACCCACAGAAUGCCUGUCCCGUGGAUUUGGUGGUCAAUGUUGUUCAUUGGAGGUCAGAAAUGAUCCAGGCACACCUUAACAUUGUUUUCUUGGGGAAGGGGGGAAGUAUUUGUAGUUACGUGUGAUUUCAAGAGCUUCAUCUGAAAGCAAGACAUAUGGCAAACUCUAUUUUCCUUCAUAUUUUUGUCCAAGAUUGAAGCUCCUUAAUAGGUUAUUCCAGAAAAAAUCCACUCCCCACAGUGGAGGGCUCAUUUCAACACAAAACCCUAGUGAUUUGUGUUCCACUACCUGGGAAACACAUAUCCUUAGUGAUAUGUGUUCCCCUGCGCAGAAAACACAUAUCCCUAGUGAUAUGUGUUCCUCUACCAAGGAAACACAUAUACCUAGUGAUAUUUGUUUCCCUACUCAGGAAACACAUAUCCCUAGUGAUAUGUGUUUCCCUUCCUGGGAAACAGGAAACCCUAGUGGUAUGUGUUCCCCUACCUUGGAAACACAUAUCCCUAGUGUUAUGUGUUUCCCUACCCCAGGAACAUGUAUCCCUAGUGAUAUGGGUUCCCCUACCCAGGAAACACAUAUUCCUAAGGAUAUGUUUUUCUCCUACCCAUGUCUUAACAAUUUUGUCACUGAUUUUGUCGCUAACUUGUGAUUUAUAGAAAACAAAAGGUUGUUUACCUGGACCAAUUAAAUUAAACCACUUUUUUAAUUUACAAGUGUUGCUAUUGUUUUGAAUUUUGAUAACAAUAAAGCGACACUAAGUUUUAAUUGUUCCCAGUUAGAUAAUCAGCAGUAUUUACAGUGUAAGUUUGUCGGCUCUGACUGUUUUUCUCUUUUUUUAUUUCCCUCUUUUGUCUGACUCUGAAUCUCAACUUUUCGCUCCUAUGCAAUAUUAAGGCUUGUUGACCAGGUAGGUUAUCUAGCUUCUGAGAAGGCAAUAAAUUUAAUUUAAAUUGUAGUGAUCUAUGAAUUACACAUCAAUGCAGUGUACUGUACAGUCACAUACUGCUGUACCAGGUGUAUAGCUGAAUACCACUUGAUCUGGAAUACAGUCAAUUCUCCUUAAGACAGGCACAUUUGAAACGGGCAGUAAGUGUCCAUCUAAGAGUGAUGUCUGUCUCGUAGAGAGUCAUAUAAAGGGAUUUAAAGAGAAAAAUUAAAUUAGAUGUCUUUAUGCCAAGUUGUAAAAAGCAUUAUAACUACUGCAUCAUGAUAUGAGAUGACUGUAUAGCUCUUUGAUAACCAUUCCGCGAUUCGUAGUUAUAAAUUAUAAUGAAAAUAUCAAAAUUAAAACAAAAAAGAAGAGGAAAAAAAGAAAAAGAAAGAAAGAAAGGAGAGAAAGAAAUGUUAAACCAUAGUUAGUAGAGGGGACUGGUUAUGAAAGUCGGCGAGCUUCAAAGAGCGAGACAAAAGAGCCGUCGCUGAUGUUGAAAGUACUUGUCACGUGACCGCGACGGUGCACAAACCCAAACAAACUUUCCACGAUGGCGGAUCGUGGAGACGAUCUUUUUUUGUUUGGCGAUGAUUUUGAGGCGAUUUUAGACAUCCUUGAUGAAGAUGAGGUGCUACAGGAACAAUUUUCAACUGCUGCCAGUGAAGUAAGUGCAAAAUAUGUAAACAUUUACACGUGUUUGGUCUAUUCGAAGGAUUUACGGAGCCACACGCGACUGUACUGUCACGCGAGCAAACAACAGUAAACAAAGAAUUUCCCGACGUUUUCAGAUGAUAAUUCCCAAGCUAUAUUCUAGAAAAUUUAUAAAACUAUAUUUAGUUUAUUUGGCAGAAGUGCCUUAGAUGCUAAAAAUUGCCUGGGGUUUGCUUUGUUGAGAAGCGUUUACAGAGAAUGCGAUUGCAACCUGACAACAAACUCGACACGACACAAAUGCCUUCAAAAGACGGCAAGAAUCUUAACAUUUGAUCAUAUAUAGUGGAGGCAGACUGUAAUAUGAUAGAACUAUUUUUUUUUUCGUAGGUCCAAUCAAGCGAGAUCGUGUGCAGCGACUGUGGGAAAAAGUAUAAAACAAGAGGAGGAUAUCAAAGGCACCGAGCUGCAAAACACAGUCCAAAUCCGAACGAGCAUCGUUUGACUUUGACUCCAAGCAUUCUAGCUGAGAUUGUACGCAAUGCUUUAAAGAACAUUUAUCAAAGAGAAGUGUUUGCAGAAGAACUAAGGGAGGAGUUAAAACAGUAUGAGUAUGCAGUGCUUGAAGAAGGAACACAAGAAUUCUCUGUAAUGAAGGCAUUAUUUGAAGGCUAUUCAAAAAAUGGGAAUGCUGAGAAAUUCUAUGGCAACUAUUAUGCUCAAGUACCAUUGAAGUCUGCAAUGUUUUUCAAAGGACUGUCUCGUAAUGCUGCAACACUGCUCGCAACCAAGGUAGCUGAUUUUAUUCUCUCCUACUGCAAGGGCAUUAAGUCUUCUUCCGACAAUAACCCACCUUCGGCCCAAACUGUGCUGUCAGAAAAACAACAAGCUGGUCUGCAGUAUGUUGGUGGAUAUGUCUUGCAUAACUUGCAUAAAAAGUAUGCAAGAAAUAACAAAACAGAGAACCAACAGGCAAUGGCAAUCUUGAAAGCUGGUAAACUAGAGCAUGGGUGUCAGAGUCAAAAACUGGUGUCAAGUUUAAGCCGUGGUGGCUUGUGGAACAUUACCAAGUAUGCACAGAACAUUUUCCUUAAAACAGAGCAUCAAUUUAGGCAUUUCACUUCGGGAAACUGCCUGAAAAAAGUGGAUAUUGCUGGCAUAACUCGCAAAUCAGUAACUGACAGUGAUGUAUUGUCAAGCUUUCAAUGUAUGGUUUCUGAUGCAGAGCUGAUCCCAGAAGGUGAAGUGAGCAAAAAUGUGCUGCAUGCUGUUGUAAGCUUGUAUAUAAGGGUGCGCUCAUUUUCAUGUGCUAAGGACAUUAUUCAACACUUCAAAGUGAAUGCAAAGCAAACAAAGGCUAAAGCUCUCCGAAAGGAAAUCAUGAGAACUCAUGACCAAGAACAAUUAAGGCCUGAGUAAUGUAAAACAUUUUAUUAUUCAAGGUAAAACUAGUUAUAUGAUACAUGAAAAUUUUGUAAUAAUAUAUUUAUCAUUCAUCAAGAACAUUUUCAUCUGAAAGUAGUUCACAUACAGUAUAAAAAACUUAAUUUUUCAAUUUUAAUUUUUAUUUAUAGCAGGUACCUUAAAUAGUAUUAGGGUACCAUGCAUGAUAGGUUUAGAGUUCUGGAAUCUGAAAAAAAAUUCCUGUUAUUUUAUAAAAUACUUGGUUGUUACUGUUCGAAUAAAGGUCAGAAAAAACUUUUUUUGUCCUUCAUGAUAAAUUUAAUGGGAUGAUGGUAUAUGCAUUAUCAUCUAUAAGAAACCUUUAACAAAAGUAAAUGCAUGAUGAUUUUUCUGAGUAAACUCUGGAAAUAACUGGGAAAAUAAAAUCAAAAACUUUCUUUCCCUCCCCACUAAUAUUUAAUGCAACUUGACAUUUUAGUGACAGCCAUAAAUAUGACCGCAGUUUUAAUUUAGUUUGGGCUUUUUUCUGCAAGGUAAUUUGGCAUCAGUAAUCUGUUCCCAUGCUCUUUCUUUCUCCUUUCUACCUCUUGUGUUUCCACUUUGACAUGAAAUUGACCUUUGAAUUCUUAUGGCGUUACUAUUGUAACCAAAUGUAUGAAUAUCUGGAUUGUCACUUCGCCUUCACAGUUGACGCUGCUUUCCAAAGUAUUCCUCCAGUGGGUCUUGACAGAAACGCUCUGUCAGCACAUACUCCAUUCCUUCUUGAAGUAAGAACUUGGUAGCUUCAAUGGCUGAGAAAACUGUUAGUUUGAAGCCCUCAUAUGUCUGCCAGGAAAGAAACAUGCGGGCUCGUGCAUUUUGGGUGGAAUUUCCUGCUCUGUUCUCAGUGCUUUCUUUCCACAGUCUGAGGUAGUCCAAGAAGUCCAUCAAAAAUUGAAAUCUGUGUGAAAGGAAAAAUGAAAGAACAGUGGAAAUAUUUUCAUAGGAAAACAGGGAAACCAACUCACAAACUGUGAAGCACAAGGGGAUAAAAGUACACAAACCAAAAAACCACACCCUGUUAAAUUUCAUGUUGCUAGUAAAUAGUACUAGUUGGUGCUAUUAGUGGUAUCCAGUCACUGUUAUUAGUAAAUUGUACUCAAGUACAGAAUUCUAUGUUUCAAAUCCCUUGAAUGGUUUAUCUUGCAUUUGCAACUCUUUAACUCAAGAAAAGAAAUCAGUCGAAACCAUAAACAAUAUUUGCCUUGUUGGUGAUCACUAGAUAAUAAAAAUGAUUGUCAUGCUUUUGUGGUUCACUAAAAAACAUUUUAAACAAAUGAUGCAUUUUAAAACCGUUUGUCUGUGCUAAACAAUUAUUUCUAAUUCUUAAAAUUUAUAAGACAUACCUUCUAUCAUUAACUGAUGUGUAGGGAGCAAGGUAUGGCUUGCGCUUUCUCACAUGCUCUGUCCUGCUUCGAACAUUCAGGCAAUCGAAGAAGCUGUCUACCAUUUCACAGAGUUUCCCUGUAGCUGCUGUCUCAGGGGGCCAAAUGCCUUAAGCACGGCUGCUACGGAUGCACUCAGCACUUGUGCAGCAAGAUUCACCCGCAUUACUGAAUAGGCAUUCAGGUUCACAUGCUCAUACGUCAAUUUUGGAAGUAAUUUGAGUCCACUAUCCAUGUCUUGGUAGAAGAUCUCUGUGAUAUGUUGCCACAGAAUAUACUGUCCAUCAUUCCACAUGUACCUUGUACAUGAUCCAGACCCCGAGCUCUUUAGGCAGUUCCUUGUGGUCUUGACAAGGUGUGGUGCAUCAGAAAAAAAAAAGUAUAUGUAGCGAUGCGGUGCAUACAAGUUAGCUGUGCGGAAGCAAACGUCACUUACAGCAUCCCCAUCCAGUGGCUUGUGGAGACGAUAAAAUCUCCUGUUUGGGGAAGCCCCAUCAGAAGUGGCGCGAUGACCCACAAGUUGCAAGUAGUCUCUAAAAUACACACCGCCUCCCAGAAUAGAGGCAUCAGCUGAGCUGCAGUGAUGCCUGUAGUAGCAAAGUGAGCUAACCCAAACUUGAGUUCAGUGCACACUCCACGUACUAGAAAUGCGAGAGCAUGUGUUGCAAUCAUGUCUACUUUCUCUAUCACCGCAAAGUUCAAAUCAGGGUCACCCAGAUCUGUGAAACCAAUCAGCUCUCCAGUUGUCUUGUCUAGUACAAGGUUUGCCAUCACUUUCAUUUCAUCAAACAAAAGAAUGACAUAACGCUGCACAUCAAAGUAACUGUUUGUCUCUUCCUUAAGAACAUCUAUUACUCCUCUCUGAAAACCCCUUUCUGGUUUUAUGGCAUUGCGGUAGUCUUUUAGUCGUCUUUGACUUGGAAGCACCAACACUCCGCUAUUUCUGAGUUCCUCAUAACAUGAAGGAGAUUUAGCUGCCAAAGAGAGACAAAAACGAAUAAUCAUGGGAUGAAAACGUACUCCCGUGCUGCUUUUUGAGAACAGCUUUUUUUUGCUCCUGCCAAAAUAGACUCAUAAAUGGAGUGAUGUUUUGGGCUGAACCAAGAAUUCUACUGAAGUCAUCACUAAGUUCAUGAUCUAUUUCAAUAUUGGACUUUUUUAAUUCUGCCUGCAUGUCAUUCAACUGCCGUUCAAGCUCAGCACACCUCAGUCUUUGUCCCUGUAAAGUUAACUUUAUGCGCUCUGGGUCUGUCUUGGAAACAGGUGCUUUAACAUGUGCAGGUUUUGCUGAUCGACUUUCUUUUCCUUUCCUUGCAUUUUCGACAGAGCUUACAAAUUCAUCACAUUCAUUGCAGAUAUCAACUUGCUGGUUCAACAGCAGACACCCUUUGGCUCUCCAAAAUCCCUUAUGUGGGAACUGCUGCUCCUCUUCUUCUUCCCCAAGUGAAUCAUGAAUUACUGGUAUGACAUGAUGAAACAUUUUGCCACUAAGUUCCAAAGUUGAAACUCCAUCACACAAUCUGUACCCCUCCAGUUCCUUAAUUAAGCUGGACACAGUAACAUUUUGCACUGUUCGACGAUACUCGAGGUAUAUAGGGUGAUCUUCUGGUAAAUAUGAACCAAAAACCUUCACAGUAAAGCCAAGACUGUCAUCCACAACAAUUUCCAACUGUGGAAGCACGUAUGGAUCCAACCUUUUCUUCAGCAAUAUUCUGUCCUCCUUGAUCUUCACUUUCCAAUUUUUAAGACUUUUUAGGCUUUUCACUCUCUGACAAAGUUCGUUAAAUCCCUUAUAAUAACGGUUUGGAAGAGGCUCCUUGUUAUCUUUUACAAUCGAUCGUUCCGGACGUGGUGCAGGCUUGCGGCUUUCAUGACUUUUCUUUGGCAAGUUUAGCGUCGGUAAAGCACCAAAUCUGGGCUUCUUUUUGGUCAUUUUCUCUGAGUGAACUAUGAGAGAAAGGUUAAAAUUGUCACAUUUCGAAAUAGUUAAACAAAAACUAUGUCCGCUUUCAGAAAGAACUUCAGACAGCAGAUCAAAGCACCGGUCAAGAGCUGUCAAGAAAUAUGCGAAAAACACAAAUAAAACUCACACAAUCAAAGGAAUAAGUAUACUUACAUAUUUCGAUAUCUUCAGGCGCAAAAUGCCUCUCACAAGUAUAAAUUCUGUCGUUCUUUAACUGUUCCCUGAAAUUCUGAUCCAUUUCUCUGGUCUUUUUUAUCUCGCCAAGCCAUUCGUCUCGCCAUUUUCCAUGUGCUUCGUCCUUUGCUAGAGGUAGCUUCCAAAUACCCAUUCCCUUAGUCCUUCUACACGAACCACAGCCAAAGACGGAACAGUUGACCCCCGGCAUAACAUAAAUAUAUAUUUCUUGCACAAUAAUAAGUAUAUAGUGCUUAAACACCCGGAGAAAACUAACGAAUAGCGCACUAAUAACAACGAGAGUACUCGAUCGAUGAUUUUGUGUGCACUUUCGCGAUCACGUGACAAUGCAAAAAUCAUAACAAAGACAUCGCUCUUUGAAGCUCGCCGACUUUCAUAACCAGUCCCCUCUACUAACUAUGGUUAAACCAUUAAAAAGUUUCUAAAGCCCCGUGCAAACGGAUGCAACAUUGUUGGCCAACAACUCCCAACAUUGUUGGAUGUUACAUGUUGUGUCCGUUUGCACACCCUGUUGCAUGUUGUUGGAUGUUGUUGCGUUUUGUUGCGCAAAGUUUGAAACCCGUCAAACUUUUCAGUCAACAACUCCCAACAUUUCUUUUGUUCCGUGAUCGCCAAAGCGUAGCGCAACAAUGUUGGAUCCGUUUGCACAGCUCUUCCAACAUUGUUGGGGCCACGCACGCUCAUUACGCGUGGAUUUCAAAGACUUAUGGGUUGUAUUCUUCCCACGAUGCACUGCAGGUCCCAAACUCGUUGGGAAUUGUUGCAUCCGUUUGCACACCACUGCCAACACGCACGCAGCAACUCUCAACAUUGUUGGCGCAACAAUGUUGGGAGUUGUUGCGCCCAUUUGCACGCAGCCUAAGAAGUCCAUACCAUGGCGUUUAAUAAUACAUUUUUUUAGAAAUUGUCGAAACUACAAAGCACAGUUAUGUAUACAAAUAAAAUGUUUUGAUAUUUAUAGUUAUUAUUUUUCGUUUUUUUUUUCUUUAGUGAUGGUUCCAAGUGGAAGACUAGAAGGAGGUUGAUUACCCCAACCUUUCACUUCAGGAUUUUAAAUGAUUUUAUUCAGGUGUUCGAAGAACAAGCAGCAAUUUUGGUGAAACAUCUUGAGGUAAUUAAUGGAUAUCAGGCGGGUUACAAAGUACUUUUUUAUUAAAGUGAAAGCGAUACUCGUUGGCUGCCUUAGGGGUAGAAAUUACGAAUUUUGCCCUCACUUAAGGUACUCUUGGGGGCUAAAGUGACCCUUAAGAAAUUGUGCACUUUUUCACUAGUUUAAAGAUUACAACAAAAUAAAGCUGUCUGCCAAGUUUCACUGUCAAGCAAUGCAAUUUCAGCGACAUAUAAUUCGCUGAAGUUUCGUUUCCAAGAUUGUUUUCGUGGAAAAAAAACAAUGAUAAUGUAGGUUAAAAAUUACAACAUGGUACCCCGCACACGUUACAUUUGACAGUUUGCUGAAUAUCUGGUAACAUAUCUGUGAGACGAUUGUGGUCACAAAUUACACAGUAAAGUGCAGAAUCCAUCUGCAUUCACCCUUUUAUGUGAUUGGUUUCGCGGAAAAAAAAACGCUUCCCGUAUAAAAAAGAAAGGUCCAAAUUUCGGAAUGGAAGGAAGCCAAUGUUGUUACUCAUAACGAUAUGGCUUGUGGCAAGAGAGCUAGCCUGUUCUGGGCAGUUGGUGAAGUGCGGGGUAAAGUCACAAACCGGGGAAAAAAAUAAGGGGGAAGGAGAGGGAGACAGAGAUCCUAUGCUCUCACUCCUUACCCCACCCCUCUCACUGUUUUUCCUGCUCGCAUCUUUUUGCGCCAUCCCCGCAAUCUGAACUCUUGGAACAGGCCAUAAGAGAGCAUGUGUGAGAAAAACCGUUGAGUGUUGAGUUACAUGUUUGGUGAUCAGAAUUGCGCAUAAGAAAAUAUCUUCGCAAAAUAAUCAAAGGCUUUCAGACUGUGUUGGGUUAUGGUCUCGUUUAGGGGUAGCCACGCCCAGAUUAGUAUCCUUUUAGGGAACAAUUUAGUUUUCUGGGAAACUGCCCACCUACCCCUCCCCUAAGCUAACAUUAACACUUACUUCUCACUUAGGGCAAAAUGAUGGCUUAGGGGAGGGGUAGGUGGGCAGUUUCCCCUGAAACCUAAAUUGAUCCUCUUUUAGUUCAGGGGUUUAGACAGCGCUAGCCUGGGAAAAUAGCCGACAGCUCGCGACGCCACCACGGGUUUCCCCGCGAAAUGACGUCUGAGAAACGAGCGUAGAAAUUCCAUUCUGAUGACACAUCACUACGUAUUAUACCCAGAUCUGGGUCAGUAGUGCUUCUGAUUGGUCAUGCUGCGUGGGAAAUUUGCUUCAGCCAAUCAGAAUCACUACUCAGAUCUGGGUAGUGACGCGUUAUCAUCAUAGAAUUUCUAAGCUCGUUUCUCUUGUCAUUUCCGCGCGGAGAAACCAUUGAUGGCGUUGCGAAAUGGCGGCUGUUUUUGCGCGAAUGGCACGCAUUUUAGUGGAUAUCAGAGUUUGUGUCUGUUGACCUGAGUUGGGUCACAAGUGCCCUAAAAAAGAUAGUUUUGAACGUUUUUUAAAAGCGACAGCUUACCAUAAGUCAUGGAGGACUUGAAAAGGUCACAGAAAAAUUCACUGAAAGUCAUGGAAUUCGAAGAGCUCUUAAGAGUACUAAUCCUGUGUACGUCCCUCAAUCUAUCCAUAUGUCUGUGAGGUGGCCGGUGCUUAUUUCCCUCUGGUAAACAGUCGUUGCCAUUUUAACGGUCCAUGCCACAGUUGAUUAAAGCAAAUGAUACGUUUUUGAGUAGUCUUAAAAAGAGCGACGUAGGAGCCUAAACUAAAUUUACGUUAAAAGUUAGAAAGGGGUAGGGUCAUCUGUUAUUGAUGUAUCAGUUAAGAAAGACAGUUUGGUAGUUAAUGUACUUAAAGUUUUCGGAAUUUUUACGAGCGGGUCGCCUUGUGUGGAAGUGUAGUGGUAAGGGAGAGAGUUUAGGAUACGAAAGGUCCGGGUUCGACUCUGGAUGGGUUCAUCUUUCUUUGUAAUUGACUAUUUUCCAAUUCCCCAUAAUACACUCUGUUUGCCCCCCAAAUUUUGCAUAACUUAUUGUCUUAAAAUGCUCAUGGGAAAAUGCAAUACUCCCAGGAGCAUUUAAAAACAAUGGUUUAUGCAAAAUUGGGGAGGGGGGGGCAAACAGAGUGUAUUAUGGGGAAUUGGAAAAUAGAGAAUAGAAACACUCUCCAUAACAGGUCAAGUGUUUUAAAAAUGGCAGCGAUCGUUUACGAAAGGGAGAUUUGCUUCACCGGUCCUGUCCCAGACCGUUGCAGUCCCUUACAGAUCAGUGUCUUAAUUAUCCAUUAUUGUCUUAAUCAUUUUUGAUCUCACAUUUCUGACCACACCUUCCCAAAUUUGUCGUGCCUAACUUCAUACAUCCCACAUUUAUUCGCAUUACAGAAGGAGGCCAACAAGGGUGUCUUCAACAUAAUGCCGUAUAUCACACUAUGUGCCCUGGACGUUAUUUGCAGUAAGUACAUGUAUUCAGUAAAAUGCAAGACGACAACAUCGUCUAACGUGAGCGCUUCAUAUAAGCACUCGGGUCUGGAGGGAGGGGUGAGCGAGAAAAGAGAUAGCUCUUUCUUCUCCCCAUCCCCACCCCUCUAGCCAAGAGAUGGCACGCUCGCAGGCCAAAUCUUUAGAAAUCGUGUUUGUUUUUCGCUUUCAAUAUUGUGUGUUUAUACAAUGUUCAACUGAAUGACUAGUGAGUCAGAUUUUUGCCUUUUGUGUUUGAUUGCUGUUAUUGUAACCGCUACUUACUGUGUACUAUCUUUCCUUUAUGUUUACCUAAUAUAAUGUUUUCUUCUAGUCACUUCAAUGGAUGCGUCGCCAAACGCCCAAGAAGAUGUCGACUCCCCAUACGUGAGCGCAGUUUUAAGGUAACAAUUCUAAAGACAUGCAGCCUAUUGAAAAAGACCUGUCUAAGUUAUAGCUUACGGCGUUCAAUCUGUGUUGAUUAGAAUUUUGAUAGCCACAGUUAAUAAUAGCUAAGAUAACCAAGGACGCAUUUUCCCCUCGCUUCACUCAAAGUAACCGCGCACAGUCCACCACACUUUACUUUAAGUAAAAGUACAGUCCACCUUGUUUUACUCUAAGUACACGCACAGUCCACUACGCUUCAUUCUAAGUAAAUUGCACAGUCAACCACGCUUCACUCUAAUUAAACGCACAGUCCACCUUGUUUCACUCUGAGUAAAACGCACCGUCCACCACCCUUCACUCUAGGUAAACGAACAGUCCACCAUGCUUCACUCUAAGUAAAGUUACACUUCACUCUAAGUAAAACACAGUCCACCCCUUCUUAUAUAGACUGUUUACAGUCUCAGUUCUAUUUUAGGUAAGACUGUCGCGAUCGAGUACUAUAACGGGCGGCUAUCUUGGUUUCCCCGCCCCUCGGUAUGAGUCAAAAUGCCCCCAACCCACCCCCAACCCCAACCCCAACCCCUCCCUUCCCCUUGUGGUGCGUUGUUGUAAUUACUCGAUGGCUACAAUCUUACAAAAAACAAAACCAACAAAAUCGUGGGGAGAGGGGAGGGGGCAGCUGUGCACGUGUAAUCUGUCUAUUUCUACUUUAAAAGAACGUUCUCUUGAUAAAUUUCUAAGUCGAAACAUAUGGUGCACAUUUUGUCGAUAUAAAGUUCCAUAACACCUAGGGUUCAUCUCUAUUUGUCCAAUAUAAGGUACUUUCCUUAAUAAAAGGAAAACUCAUAUCAAGUGUUUCCUCCUUUCUUGUUCACGAGGUUGGUUUAUUUAUGCUGUUAAACAAAGUUUUUUUACAAAAACUUCGCACCGGCUUUUUUGUUCUUGAACGAUCUUUUUUUUGUUUCUUUUCUAGAGUGAGCGAGUUGAUUCAGAUGCGACAGAGAUCGCCGUGGUUAUGGAACGAUACACUGUACGGUUUAUUGCCUUCUGGAAGAGAACAUAAAAGAUGUUUAAAAAUUCUCCACGACUUUACGAAUAAGGUAAUAACGAUUAAUAAUAAUAAUGAUAAUAAUAGAAAUGAUGAUGAUGGUGAUGAUGAUGAUGAUGACGAUAUUUAUGAUCUAAUGUGUGUACGAGACUUAGCUUCAAGUGUUUUUGCAUAUUCUCAAAAAAGCUUCAUAGUUCUUUUCUGUUCAUCCGAAAAGUUGGCACGGAUAUUUCCGUUGAAGGAUCGAUCGAUCCCGAUCGAAAAUGAUAAACUUCUAACAUUUGAUAUCUUUUUUCCGUCACUUUGACAUUCUCGCUGAAACCCGUAGUAAAACGUCGACGGCUAUCACGUUUUCCCGCCAAAAUACGUUGGUCGCGCGCCCGCAUUACUUGGUAAUUGAGAAAAUUUCUUUCUCGUAGUCGUCCUCGUCUUAGAAUCUUAAGGUCUCUAGUGAGAGAUCUUUUGUGGGACAUCUUUGAAACUCACCAGGGCUUGAAAAUAAGACCAAGCAAACAACAGUGUAUGGCCGAGCAUACUUUGAUGGCAGAAACGUUAAGUAAUAAUUUAUUGUAAUUUUGAAGACAAUGGUUGUCUUUACACUAGGCUGUUAAGUAAGACUUAAGGGCCGCUAAGUUUUACUUAACCAAAAAUUCGUGUGUGAAGGCUUAAGUAAAAUCUCAAGUAACUUUGCUUUGCAUCUCAUUAAAGUCGGAAAGUUGAAACGAUUCAAGAAAGUUUCAAGCGACUUGAGGACCAUCCUGAUGUCUGACUUAAUAGCUGACUUGCGGUUUUGCGGUUUUGCGGUUUCUUGAGCUUUGAGAAAGGCAAGACAUGUCAAUCAGUCUUAAUUUUUUUGCGUGGGAAAAUAACCUGAAGUAAAAAAGAAUCGGUUGUGUGUGAAGCUUUAUUUUACUUGAAGUAAUUAAAAUUUACUUGUCUUGAAAUAUUUCUUAGCUUAUUUAGGCUCUAGUGUAAAGACUAUCAAUACUGAUGAAAUUCGUCACGCAACGCUCUUCCUCUGGGGACGGCGUUGCCUGACAUGACAAAGAACUGCUGUGUUGGAGACUUACGCUUGAUAGCAAACUGCAAGAGUGUGUGACAUCAAAAUUUCUCGCCACAUCAUCUGAACGUCUACAACGUAACUGAACUACCGAUAUAAAAUCCCUUCUUGAGACAAAGAAGUAGCAAUCUUGUUUCAAUCCGUAGGUUAUUGACCAAAGGAUUGCUGAAAGAGCGUCUAUCAAAAGUAAAACACAGGAGGAGAAGGAGAAGGAGGAGGUUGAUGAGGUUGAUGGUUUGUAUAAAAGAAAGAAGCGUCUAGCGUUCCUUGAUUUGUUGCUGGAAUCUUACGACACUGGAGACAUUUCACGGGAAGGUGUCAGGGAAGAAGUGGAUACUUUUAUGUUUGAGGUGAGAGUUUCUGUUUCUGCUUCUUGAAAGCAGUUUGAUUCAAUGGUUUUUGUCUGAUAUUUAGUCUGAAAGGGUUACCGUUCUAAGUAUGAUUUCACUUUAAUGAGUGUUUUGUUCAAGAUGAGCCUGGGAGCGGGUGCCUUAAAGGUGGAAGGGCCUUGGGCUCGUAAGUCCCGGUAACUACAGUCAACUCUCUCGUAAGCGACCACCCAUGGUGCACGACAGAGUGGUCGCUUACGGGAGGUGGUCGUGUACGGGAAAAAUCAAGAAAAAGAAGUGAUUAACGUAAUUACGUAAAGUUAUUAUCUUACAAGGAAAUAUGAGGCAAAUAGAGAACUUCUAAUAAUGUUUAACUCGAAUGGCGCUUGGAACUGAUGAAACUUUGUACAUAACAUUAUGCAUGAAUGUGACAAUCCAAUUUUUUACCUAGAGAUCGUAUUACAGACAUCUUUUUUGUAAGUCAACUGCUAUAAUCUGUCAGCUAACUUGGUCAGCACUGUUCAAAAAUUAACUUUUGUGACAUUCGAGCAACGGUUUUCUUACAAUCAUACGUGAUCAUGCCGGGUGGUCGCUUACCGGAAACAGAAAACAAAAGAAUAUAUCAAAUUUCUGGUCCAAAAAGUGGUCGCGGUCGCUUUGGAAAAUUAGGUAGUGGUCGCUUAAGAGAGAGUUUUGGAAACAGUGUUGGACUGAGAAACAAAAGGAUUAUUUGUAAAGUGGUCGCUUCCGAGAGGUCGCUGUGAGAGGGUUGACUGUAUUCGGUUUCGAAAUCAAAAUCUUAAGUAUAAAAGCGUGGGUCCUAGCUAAAAAAUACCAGUCGAUUUUGUUUUUUUAACUGAUAAUUUUAAUAUGUAUCCGCAAAAAAGGGGACUUUCUAGAGACGGGCACUUGGAUCGUAAACGUUUCUUUUGAGACAUCACACUUCUUACUCUAAAUUUAUUGCGUUUUCCUCAGGGUCAUGAUACAACAGCGGCUGCUAUCACGUGGGCUUUGUAUCUUCUUGGACGCCAUCCAGUGAUACAACAGAAAGUUCAUGAGGAAGUAGACAGCUUUUUAGGUGAGUUCGUUCUGUCUGUUUUCUGUUUUUGUUUUCGUUUUUUUUUUUCAGUUAGUACUACUCGUACAUUCCUUGGUACAAGCAGAUAUACUGCUCGUUUCUGUAGGUGGCGCUUUGAGCCCUGUGUUCUUCCAGCGUGUUUAAAUUGUCGCGUGUUUUUUUGUAAUCGUCUUCGAAAAGCAAGCAAACACAAGUAAGAAGAUAUUCAUGCUGUCACUAGUUCCAAACAGUAGCGAAUUAUUUAAUGCAGAUCAUGAACACCAGUGGAAAACGUUAACUCCCAUUCUGGUGAACUUUCGGUGGUCGGCAGUCUUUGUGAAACGGUAUAGGCAAAUAGCGGACAAAAGCUGUUAGCCUUUGAAAAAGAGAAAAUACCGUAAGAAUUCACGACUGUAAAAGUGCAUCAUCAUCAUCGUUAUUAUUAUUAUUAUUAUUAUUAUUAUUAUUAUUAUUAUUAUUAUUAUUAUUUCAGAACAACGCCCAGAAACGUUAACAGUUGAUGAUUUAAAGGAUCUGCGUUACCUGGAAUGUGUUAUUAAGGUGAGAGUCCAUUUGGUUCCUCAUACUGAAAUACCUACUACUCUAAAAUAUAAUUUACAGUAGAAAUUUGUAAUAUUUGUAAAAAUAGCCACCACUGGCGGUAGCUAACUACUUUGUGAUUUUGUUUCCUUUCGUUUUAUUGUUGAAAGUCCCGAAACAAUUGUAGAAAAAAAUGGGAACUUAAACCUCUACUAUUAUUCAUUCAAAAUAUUGCGUCGUUCCUGAUUGGCUAAAAGCACACACAUAAUUCACCAUAGCCAGCCACUGAUGACCAAAUUUGGAAGAAGUUUGCGUUUAAUGAACCGAUGACGUCAAAAGUGCAGCGUUCUUGCAGUUUAAUGCACUGUUAACCGAGAAGAAGUGAGGACGAGGUUGAGUUGUUUUGGUUGUGAAAACAAAAAUGGCGAACAUUUCGCUCGUUUCAAGAGUAAGAACUAGGCGAAAGAAUAGGUAAAAACAUGGCAAGAACAGUAAGAAGACAACUCGAAGGGCGACAUCUGCUGUUUGGAUAAUAUUUGUGGGGCUGAACAACACUAAACGUGCACUAUCGAACCCUUCUCGAUCUCCAUAAUUCUUCAUAAGAUACUCAGCCUCAUUGUUAAUUAAACGGCCACGGCCACCUAUUGGCCGUCUCAACGAGAGUUCUCCCGCCGUUGUCAACUCUUUGGAGCGGUCAUCAAGCGUUUGAUACACGUAGUUUGGCUUUCUUUCAAGUAUAUGGUGAAGGAAAAUACAGUCCAGGAUAGUGACGACCGAGUGCGGACCAGUAUUACUGCUCCCGUUGCGUAAUUAGGGAGCUUAAGCAACAAGGACGGCAUUGGCUACGAAAACGUCACUUAAAAAGUGAAUUUGCGUUGUCUCAAACUUUAUCACGCUUAUUCCAUCUCGUUUAAUUCGUCAAAUGUUGGCAAAUUAUUUGGAGUUGAAUUCCAAAGGACUUUAUCCGCAAUGUCCAGGAAAAGAAAAAGAAAGUUGUUGUCUUGAAUUCACUUCCUCAGGGUUUGCAAAUUUUAUUGAUGAGUGGAGUCACUGUGACUUCUGCUUCACAAAUUUUGGAGUCAUUUUGGAAUAUUUGGAGUCAAGUAUCACAACGAAAAAUACACUAUCGUGAUGGAUACACGAAGUAGCUGUGGCGGUUUGCUGAUCUAGAAAGCUCAAAUCCAUGAUGGCAGUCAUCGGGUAAACUUUGAUCGUAAUUUACCCCAUUCCUGUUUUGUCUUGCAGUAUAAUUCUUUAAUUUUGAUGAUUUAAUUAAGGUUUACAACGUUUACAAUUAACGUAAAUUGUAUUUGUUGCGAAAAAGGUCAGAGCAAAAAUUUCUGGAGUCGAAGUGGCUCACUGUUUGUUACCGAAAAUUUCUGGAGUUGAAGUGACUCCCUCCGUAACCUCUGUGGAGUCAUCUGAACAAUUUUGGCGUAAAAUACGCCAAAUUUGGCGUAUUUGCGAACCCUACUUCCUCCACAAAACGUGAAAUUAGGCACUUUCACGUCGUAGUCGUGCAGUGACGGCUAAGAAAUGUACAAAAAAGCGUGAUGCACGUGCAAAGUUAUUGUUUGGCCAAUCUAAACCUAUUGCUUUUUUGCCGUUCUCGGUGCCGUCGCCGUCGUCGUUGCUUAAGCUCUUUGAUUCAAAAUAAAGGAUUGUGCCUGCUAAACAUUUUGCCAAUUUCUGACGAACCUCUAUUGAGCGGCCAACCUCCAUUAAGCGGCGACUUGUGGUACCCCUUUUAGCUGCUCUAAUACUUCAUCAGAAGUAAAUCUUUAGGAGGAUCGAUAAUUCUGUCGUUUGAACUGAAUUUGAGGACGUAAUGUGAAAACUGCCAAUUAUGGCGGUAGUAAAACUUGCCCGCCGUCUUCUGCCGCAAUAGCACAGGCAAAUACUGCCACGGGCUUUUAGCUCGCUCGUAUGAGACUCCAUCUAGCACUCGUAGCAAAAGUGCGGGAUCAUUAUUGGUCUGACUGUUUUUAUUCCUUCUUUCACAGGAAGCCCUACGAUUGUUCCCGUCAGUCCCAUUCUUUGCACGAACGACUACUGAAGACUUCCAUAUAGGUAUAGUAUUUUUCUCGGUGUUUCCUAUUCGUUAAUCACUUACGCAGUCGUUCUUUGAGUCGAGGGAAAGUGCGAAGUCUUUGAUCUAAAAAUAGCUUAUAGCUGUCAUAGGCAGCGUUCAUACCGGCUUGGUGGCCGGGCACGGUGCCCAAGUACGGUACUUGCUGUGCGCUAAUGUGAACACACCCUUCUUUCAAAUUCCCACGCUAAAAUUCGGGCACGGUGCCGGUGCCUACUCGGGCACAAAUUGGGCACCGGGUCCCUGUAAACACACCGUCUUUAGUUCUGGGACAGUCCAUUGCUUUGUACCCGUUGCUAAGCUCGUGUUUCAAAAUGGCGUCUGGGAGGGCGAUAUAAGGUAACUAUGUACACACUCACAUGUCGGGUACUCAAGGUGUGAACGCAACAUCAUUUAGUGCUGCUACCAACGUACUGGUUCCCGAGCAUCAGGUGUGGACAGCCCCUUAUUUUCGCAUGAAAGGCUUCGCAUUGCAGUCACAACUGCCAUUUGGAAACUGAAAAACUGGAAACUUGUGAACGGCCUAUACUAUUUUAAUUCCGGGACACAAUUAAUUCUGGCGGCCAAUUAAGGAUUUGUUUUUGUUUUGUUUUUGUUGUUGUCUUGGAAUUGCUGCUCUGAGAGAGCUUGAGAAGUAAAUUUUGCUUGUAAGCGCGCAGUUUGACGUAACUUAAAAUUGCUUUUCAGAUGGGUACACAGCUCCCAAAGGAACUUCUGUUGGAGUUGCGACUCUUGCUCUUCACAGAAACUCGGAUGUGUGGCCAGCACCGCUGGAGUUCAAUCCAGAUCGGUUCCUUCCAGAAAACAGCCAAGGAAGACAUCCAUUCGCGUAUAUUCCCUUUUCAGCAGGGCCAAGAAACUGCAUUGGUGAGUUUGCGUUCAUACUUUAAAUCAUAUGGGCGUUGCAUCAGAAUUUCUGAGUUUGUCUUCGCGUCGUUGAAAUGACGUCAAAAUUUUCAAGGCUCAAGUUUUAUGGCGAGUGGUCUUACGACAAAGUUAUGAACAUUCAACCGUCGUACAAGGUGUUUAAUUACCUAAUGAAGAAGUUAGUUCAUUUAGCUUUUUUAAGCUUGUUGAAACGGUUAAACCUUUUUUUGGACUCAGUUGACCAUGUAAUAAUGGCGGUUUCGUCUCCAGCAGACGAAGGUAACAAGUGAAUAAAAAAACUACUAGUAAACAAACAAACAAAUAAAAAAGUGUCUUUAAUAGGUACUUCGUGCUAAAUACAUCGGCACUCUUGUUGUUGUUGUUUCGAUUUCUUUUGUUGUUGUUUGUCUGCCAUUUCUAUGAUCUCUUUCUCCGUGGGAGAGCAACUGUCAAAGAAUCAUUUUAAUAAAAAGUGCCGCUUUGUUACAUCGUUAGUAGUGACUUAUUUAAUUUCUCCUAAUCUUUGCUCUCUUUUUCUUUUUAGGUCAGCGGUUUGCCUUCUUGGAAGAGAAAAUAGUCUUGUAUCACGUGAUGCGGAAUUUCUCCAUUGAGUCUGCGCAGACCUUUGAUGACCUACGGACCUGUGGAGAACUGAUCACCCGACCAAAGGAAGGCAUAUUUGUAACGUUAGCUAAACGUUUUUAG